AUGCGGCGCGGCAGGACACAGCUGCGUUACACUGCCACCUACAGGCAGCACAGUGACACGACCAGUCCCAACAGGACCGACAGAGGGAGCACAGCGCGAACUCGCCAGCACAGGCGAGAAGGAACGAAGGCUGAGCGCAUGCGCGAAAGGAAGAGGCCGCGCGCCCAUGCGCAUGCGUGCCUCGGCACUUCCACCCCGGAAGUAGGUCUGGACUACGCAAGGGCGGACGCGGUGCUGGGAGUCGCGUCCGGCCAGGCGCCUUUGCGUUUGUUCCCGGCGGUAAAGCGCCGCUCUCACAUUUGGAGACGGCGAGGUACGGCUGCAGCCUUUGUGUGUUAAUAUGAGCAGCGAAAGCGACUCUAAGAGGAAGAAACAAAAAAAGGAGGAAGUCAUUUUGUUCCUGGCUUGUCUGCUCUGCUGGUUGGCGGGCUGAAGUCACGUGGCCAGCCGAGGGUAUGCCGAUAGCAGUUCCAUGGGGAGGAGGAGAGAUGCUUCUUAUCCAGCCUUCGGCUGACUAGACUGGCCCAUUGGCUGCGCGGCUGGUAGCCUCCCCUGCACAAAGGGGAGUUGGAGGGGCUCAGCUUUGAAAAUCCAGGUGCUCAGGUGACUUCUGUAAGGGAAAUUGCACAGGUUGUGCUUCUAGUUGAUCCCCUGCAGUUCUGUCUUAACUAUAUAUACAAAUUUAUAUAUAAAUCUUCAUUCUUCUUUGGCGAUCACUCGUAGCCGAGUAAGAUUGUCUUCCAUAAACACGGUAUAUGUAAAUAUUGUGUGUGUGUUUGUGUAUAAUUGCACAGGUUAAAGUAAGAUGUGAAAAGGGGGGAGGGAAAAGGCGGGGGAAAGAAAUAACACCCAUAUGCAAUACCAAACAAAACCCACAGAACUUAAAAACGUUGCAAGAUUAUUAAAUGAUAUCAUUUACAAGAUCCUUAAAUGAUAAUGCAGUCCACUAUGCAAUUAGUGCCUUCUAGGUAGUGGCACCCUCCCAUCAGAUGUCAAGGAAUUAAACAACUUUUAGAAGACUGCUUAGGGAAGUUUGAUGUUUUAUCCUGUUUUUAAUAUUCUUUUGGGAGCUACCCAGAAUGGCUGGGGAAACCCAGCCAGAUGCGCGGUGUACAAAUAAUUUAUUAUUAUUAUGCAACGUAACAGACAUGUUUUCACCAUUCGUGUCAAAUGGCACAUAGGAUGGUAUACCAUUUGCAGCACAUAAAUUUAUUCCGUGUAGGAAAUCAAGGCUGAAAUCCCAUCACCAUUUACCAGGGAGUAAGCCCCAUUUGAAUUCAUGGUUAGGAUCACAAUGCUAAGCUACCAUCCCAGUUAGCCCUCUGAAGUAUGGCUACAGUUUGGUUCCCUGUACACUGGAGUGGAUACGUGCUUAAUAUGAGCUCUUGGCUCAAGCUGCAAAGUGUCUAUUGAAUAUUGUUUUUGUCUUCAAGUUGGAUAAAUUGAAAGUGUCACCUGUGCUGAAUAACUGGUUCACCUAUGCACACCAUCCCUUUAUUCUACAGUCAAUCCAUGAUAAACAUGUAAGUGGAUCAACCAUACAGAACCUCACCAGUAGUGUCUGAGGUCAUGUACGGAAUCCUCAGCAGACAGGAACCUUGCCAUGUUUCAUUACUUUGAGCACAAAUCCCAACAAAGACAAUCACUUUAUUGAAACAUCGGUUUUUGUUGACUAGUCCUCUGAAAGCUUGUCAUAAUAAAAUAUUUAGUCUUUUAGGUGCCACAAGAUUCCUUUUGUUUGCUGAAAUAGCCUGUCACAGCUACUCUAGAAAUUGCAUUUACCUUUACACCUUGGAUUCCAAAGUUUUAAAGACUGUUCAAAGUACUUCUCAUUCAUGAUUUUAAAAAUCAGCUAUGUCAAAUUAAGUUUCCCCAUAUUGCAGACUCAGAGUUGUAUGCUUAAAAGGCCACCUAAAUUUUCAACUUAAAAGGCCAUAGCUAAAUUUUCAACUGAUGGAUUUCACAACACAGCCUCUGAGCUGCUACACAGUUGUCAGCAUUCUCCAUGUAGUAAAGGAUGACUGUCUGAAUAAGUACAUGUUCAAUAUUAAGAGAAGGCACUGGAACUUUCAGCAGAGCACAGUAAGUGGAAAGCAAACCCUGCCUCUAGUUUUCUCUUCUCCUUUGAUAGCCCGUUGGGGCCUCUCUUCAAAUAUACUUCAGUAUCCCUCUGAUCAAACCAUAUAUACAAAUCAGUUAUUUCCUGUUCUGAUAACGUUUUUAUGUCAUUAAUGAAAUGUUUGUUCCCCUCUGUUUCCAGAACUUGGGACUACCUGUGCCAUGAAUCCUGAGCUUGGAAGGAAGAUUUUCAAAGGAGUUAUAUUAGUGGAAUUUAUCGGAGUUGCUAGCGCAUAUGCACUAUAUGUUAAAAUGGAUAAUAAUCAAGGUAACAAACUAUAUGUCUCAUUAUUUUUUCAAAUAACAGUCAAUCCACAGAGCGUUUUGACCAGAGAAUUUGCAGUCAUAAGAAUAUUAGUGCUGUUUACACAUAAAAGUAGGGUAUACAUUGAAAUCUAGUUCAUUUCUUAAAUGGAAGACUAAGCAGAGUAGCAUAUUUCCAUUUGCAAAAUUUAGAAAACGCACUAGGAAUUUCAGUAUUUGUAUUAUAACCAACAUAAUUACACAUCCUUUCUGAACUCACUCAUUUACAUUCAUUCUAUCUACUGAGCAACUAUAAAAAGGUAAAGGUUAGGUCCAGUCGCAGACAACUCGGGUUGCGGCGCUCAUCUCUCUCUAUAGGCCGAGGGAGCCAGCGUUUGUCCGCAGACAGCUUCCGGGUCAUGUAGCCAGCAUGACUAAGCCGCUUCUGGCGAACCAGAGCAGCGCACGGAAACAGUUUACCUUCCCACCGGAGCGGUACCUAUUUAUCUACUUGCACUUGAUGUGCUUUCGAACUGCAGGAGCUGGGACCGAACAAUGGGAGCUGACCCCGUCGCGGGGAUUCAAACUGCCUACCUUCUGAUCCGCAAGCCCUAGGCUCUGUGGUUUAGACCACAGCGCCACCCACAUCCCCUCUGAGCAACUAUAUCCAUUGCCUAUUAGGAAGUUUUCCUUGAAGGUGGCAUUCUCUAAUUUUACUGCAAAAUUCCUGAUAUAGCCGUUAAGCUGUUUGUUUGGAACAGCUGUUCAGUUUUUGGAAUUAUUUCAACUACAGUAGGUCUCAGGAGCUAGCCUGUUUAGGUUGUCAUGUAGCAUACUACCAGUCAUCAGCAAUUUUUCACAGACAUUGUCUCUGAACAGAAAACAUCUAUUUGCAUAGGGGUCAUGGGGCUGCACACACAAACCCUGCCUAUGCCGGCUAUGCACAUUUCACACUUUUAACACUUUUCUAGGUUCAGUUGCACAGAGGUAUGUACUUGCAAUCAAGGAAGAAUGUGUAGAAGCUUAUUUCAGAUCUUCCCUGCUUGUCAUGGGUAGGCCUGGUGACGGAAGCCAGCCGUCACAAAUGGCGCUGUUUAGCAUUUGAAAAAAGACACAGAGAGCCAGCAAUAUUUUCAGGAUGGUAUGAGCAGCUCCUUCGACCACUCUCCUCCGAUUUUAUUCUCCUUUGUCCUCCCCUGUCGCAUGGCUGUUUGCCAAUGUCUCACGUUACCUCAUCCGGUCAUGGCUUUUACCCACCCAUCGCCAUAUAAGGUAAUUACUGCCCAGAGGGGGAACAUAACUCCAUAUAAGGUUAUGCACUUAAUACACUGCAAGGCACGGACAUGCAGGUCACCGAGGUCAGCGAAGCACCAGGUGGCGCUACAAGCCUUUGCCAUGACUUCAUGGCUCCCACAGCCUAGCGCUGAUUCGGCAGUGCUGCUAUGUGCAGGUCUUUGUUCCCAACCUAGACUGAUAUUUCACAUUCAGGCAUCCUAUUUUCACUUCUGUGUACUGACUAACUUAAGAACAGGGCUCCUUUGGGUGGAGCUGUUGUAUAUUCAUGUAAUGGAAAAAAGCUUCCUCCAUGCUUUAUCUGGCAUGGAUACUUUUGCACAUUACGAGGAACAUUACAAUGGUAAUGCUCAGGAUAGACAAGGAGAAUUUGAGUUACUAUUGUAAUAGAACUCUGUGGCACACCUUUAAAAAAACCACCACCACCACCUGUUCUUCCUUAAACUGAGAUAGACCAUGACAAGUUCCAAUGUGCCACUUUUACAGUGAAAGGUAGGGCACAUUCUGGAUAUGAGAGCAGCCGAAGGGCAAGGCACUGCCCUCCCUGCGGAUCCCAAUACAAACAAUGAGAACUUUAUACAUCCCCCUGUCAUGUUUUAGACCAGUGAUGCAAUGUGUUAAAAGAUUAAUUUGUGCUAUCUUAAGACUUCCUACCACUGAGAUUUUAAAGUAUACAUGAGUCUGAUAGCCUUCCCUUUUUCAACUUUUGUGCCCAGUGUGACAAGCCUACGUUCUGCAAGUCUUCAACUGGAAAUACAGCCUGAGGAGGCUAAACAACCAAGUUGCUGCAUUACCUGUAAGAUUACCACAGAUAUUUAUGACUGACCAAAAAAACAUAGGAAAUGUAGCCACCAUGUAAUAAAAUGUACACUACUUAAUUUUUGUGACUGAAAUCUUGUGCACUGUACUGUUGUUACAAAUGUAACGUUUUUAUUUUCUCAGAUUUCAGACAAAAAAUGCACAGGAGAUACCCAUCCAUCCUAGAAGGUAUGUGAUAAUUAAUGUUGGUGUAAUUCUUUUUCCCCAACACUUUAAAAAAGCCAAAACAUUCAAGUGCAGAUAAAAAGGAAAUCCUACUACAAUUUUAUCAGAAAGAUAUAUUCAAUCAAAAUUAGAUCUUCAAAAGUCAAUCUUCAUUCAGUUGUGCAAAAGAUAAAAAAGACUCUCUUCUAUUUUCAUAGUUUAUUACAAAUGUAAUGAAUAUGCUGGUUUUCACGAAAAAAGGGAGAAAGAUCAAGCAGCAUGGUUAAUCAGCAAAAGCUAAUUGUAAGUAGAAAUAUUUUUUAAAUGUUUACAUUAAAUAUCUUCAUAUUUAUUUUCUUGUCUUUUUACUUUUGUGUUUGUUUUUCAGCAUUUUGUGUCUAAACUUCUUUUUCUGCUUGAUGAUGCUCUUCACAUCCUUAUUGUGUAUCCACCUGUUGCGUUCUUCCUCCCACCUGAGCUGUUUGACAUCUAAUGGAGGAAAACAGAGAGCACAUAGAUAAGUUUGGAGUGACUACAUCCUGGGAAAAUCUGGCAUUGAGUUUUAUGGAUGCAAAGAAUACUGCCUGAGUUAGAGAUUCAUGACCGACAAACUCUCUGCUAUGUUUUAUCCUAAAAAACACAAAAUGCUUUAUGUACAAAUAAAUACAAAGUUCCCUCCCUUCAACAGUCCAUCUUGUCUCAAACAACUUACAUUUUUCAAACUUAAAUGUAAUUUGGGCCAAUGAGGAAUGAAUUAUAUCAAGUUGAAGAUUCAGUGCUAAUCAUGAUAUACUUUUCUACAAAUGCAAACUUAAGGAUUUUUAAAAAGUUAUUAGCAAGAGCCCAAAAUCCAGCAACAUACCAUGUACAACUGGAAUUUCCAUAAACGAAUUGCCUUUGGUAAAUUUCAUCCAUUGUACCAUUGGCAAAUUAAGUUGAUCAUAUAGCUUCCAAAGAAGCAUGUUUUUUGGUAAGUUAAAACACAGGGUGGAAUCAUUGCAUAAAAGGGAUGGAGCAAAAUAUUUGUUUGACACACCUACCCACCCCUGAAAUCUGAGGUGGUGCAUAACCAAGCAAUUUAUUUCAAAUUCCAUUUAACAUGCUUCGUAUGAUUGCCCACUUAUGAUAGCAUGCUGAACAGUCUGUUCAAAAAGAUUACCUAGAAUAGGCAUUUAAGGAGGUUUGCUUACUGUGCUCCCAGCUCGAUCAAUACUUCUCUGUGUGUUGGGCGACAUAGCAGUUAUCACUUCCAUUUUGGGAUGUUCCAAUAAUAUCUUAAGUACCUAAUUGUGAUCCACUUUGUCUAAAAGUGACAAACUCGGCCCUACUGGAUGUAUAAAUGCUUAGGACCUAUCUUCAUUAAUCUGCUUGAAAUUGCUGCGUAAAACAUUAGUACAGUCCUUACAAGCUGCCAUACAGCACAGGCUCUCAUCUGGCCAAAGGGUGCAGGCAAAUUUACCCUGGCAUUUGACUUGUACUACAGGCAUAAUGAACUUGCUGUAAUUUCUUAGAUGCAGAAAGCUUUCCAGAAGUUUAAACGGUGUUUUAGACUACAGGACUAAGACAAGAAUAAUCUGCACAAAAUUAAGCUAAGUUCACAGUGGGAGGUAGUAAUUGGGAAAAAGGGAAGUGACAAGAUUCUGCAAUGACCAUGCAGCUCUCUUUUUGAGAAAGCUGCUGGAGAUAAUACACAAAGGUCUAAUUCUACUUUAGUAGACUGAACAGCUAGUUAUAUGACUGUCAAGUCCAUCAAGAGUUAGUUCUCUCUUGUUCUGUAAGGUUCAAAUGCCAGUUUCUAGUCAUCCUAUAAAUAAUGCAAUACGCUGGAAUUGGGUUAUCCAUGUAAUUUUUGGAUAUGGGAGGAUAUAACUGGAAUCUUAAGCCCUCUGGAUUCCUAUCCAGCAGGAUCCCAUGAGGCUCAAAGUGGGAAGGCUUUGUGUGCUCCAGAUGCAUCCCAACCACCUUCCCGAGUUGAACAUGAAGGUCUGAAGAGGGCUUCUAAAUGCACUGGAGUGAAUCAACUUCCUCUUGAGCAGGAAUCCUUAGAAGGCAUUUAGAAGCACCCUUUAGAACACACUUAGAAGCUCUUUUCAGACUUUCCUGCUCAACACAGGACAGAUGGGGACAUGAAGUGUGCAGUGAACACAGGGGUGGCACUGGGGAAGAGAAGGUACAACUGGGAGAAAGAGCAGGAUAGAAAUCAAAUAAAUAUGCUCCUCCAUUUGUUUCAAAUGAAACUAAUUGAAAUACCUUUUUAAAACCAUCACAUGAGCAUUUGGAAUGCCUGACAGGUAAAUAUAUUUGCUGAACAUAGAAAAAUUCACUUACUUGCAUUAUCUUUGUUAGCCAUUGCAUUCAUCCCAAUACUAUCAAACUUGGACCCAAUGUUUUCAUCCAGCAAGGAACCAAACUUCAAAAGAAAGAUGAUGAUUAGUACAUUGAUAACCAGCAGACCAAACACAUUUUAAAAAAUAGAAAACUUGGUGGCACCUACCUCUUCUGCAGUAGCAAGGAUGCCAGUGUCUUUGAGUUUUCUUUUCUUGUUUUCUUUUGACCCUUUAAAACAUUAAUAUGCAAUUAUUUAUUCUACAUGAAGAACAAAACGCAAAGUGUGUGUUGGGUGGGGAAUGGAUUUGAGCAGGAAACAGGAAGAGACUCCCAAGAACUUCUCAGGCUCUUCUACACUAUCUGCAACAAGGUGCUAUACUUCAAAACUCCAUCCUUUUAAAAACAUUUUCUCAAUGUUUUAUAAACAAAUGAUCUCUAACUUUCUUGACAGCACUGUCCCUGGUAUCAAACAGUCUACCACUUAUUCCUCUAGGUAAGGAAAGGGAUUUUGCUAACUAUAAAGUACCUUAGCAGUUUUACAUGCUAGUUCUUUAAGAGCUUGGGCAAAUAUCAUCUAACCAUUGCAUUUUUAAAAUCAAGUUCUAAACCAGUUAUCCUUUGUCAGGUGUACAGCUGAAAGAAAACACUAUCCUGCUGAAAACUGAACUAAUCCUUUCCAUCUGGUUUUCUGUGUCUGAUAUGGA